UAAAAUAAAAAAAAAAACUUGCUGGACUAUUUUCUCGUCCCCGGGAACCGCGGCUUUAUGUUGUGGCAUAAGAUGCGUCUCGACUUUGCUUGGAUCCAACCACUUUAGAGGAUGGAGGUUGAAAAACAUUCAAUUAGGGACAAUAACCAGUAAGAGUCUCUGGCGCUAUGGAUCUGUCUCCAUUCAAGUUGGACAUUGAUGAGCUUAUAAAUGAAUUUGUUGAGGGUGAGUUUACAACUUUGGCUGAUAUGAAAAGAGUAUGGCUUUCCAGGAAGUUUACCUACAUCUUUGAGGCUAGUCCUCCUACCAAAUUGGCCUUCUUUAUGCAGUCGUUGUAUGCUCAUACAAUUGGUCACAUGAUUAGCACUUCUUCUUUAUCACAAAGGCUAGGAGGCCUGUAUUGCCUUUACUGUCUUUACGAGACUCAACCAUUCAAGCCUCCUUUCAAAAUCUACUUCUCUCUUGGAGAGUUGAAGAAACUCAAGACCCUUGUUAUAAAUGCAAAAGAACAUGGAAUAAAAGUAGUACCUGCUUUGGUCAAAAGGAUGCUAGAAAAGAACAUGUUUCUCUUUGGGUUUGUGGACUUACAUGAAGGUUCUGUUAGUGAGACAGUGAACCAACUCACAGAAUUGCAAGACGCUCGUGUGCAAGUUGCAUAUAAGAAGUUAUUUGAUGAUACUCGGAUUGAGCAGUUCCUCCAUAUGGACAUGGGUAUGGAAUUUGAUUUAGAGAUGCUCAAGAAAAUGUCAACAGAAUAUGCAGAGGCGAAGAAACAUGCCAUCAGAGAAGCAAACAAGGCAGUAGAUGUCCAAAACAUACAGCAUAUAUCAGAUGAUAGGGAAUUUAUUGGAGAUGAAGUUGAGAGGAUCACAGAGAACUGGAAUGUCCAAAGGCAAGUGUUUUAUCAGCAAACAGGACUGAAUCAACGUCAUGCUCAAAAAGAUGAGCAACAACAUCAACCACAGCACAAAAAACAUGAACAGCAAGAUGAUGAUUUUGGUGAUGAAUUUAGUCAUCAACUGGAACUGCAACUAAUUGAAGAAGAACAGCUACAACAAAAAGAAGAGGAUGAUGAAUCUAAUCAUGAAUUGGAGCUGUAACUUUCUGUAAAACAGCCCUAAUAAUAUAGAAACAAAAUGGUGAGGAAUUAUGCUACAAAAACCAGGACAAAUAGGAAUCCCAUGGUUUAGGACAUAAUUAUCUAGCAAGGUGAUCAUUCCAAUCGAGGAUGCCGCGGAAUUUUGUGAUUAGACUGCUGCAAUUCUAACCUCCCUUCAAGACCAUCCCCAGGACCUUUUUCAGUUUAUGGAAGAGAAAGCUGAUGGGUUUUCUGGAUAGGUUUUUCAAGUUACUGAAUUUAUUAUCAGAACACAAAAAGGAUAUCUAUGUAGAAAACGUUUGUCAGUAUAUGUUGAGAAUGGCAUCUUGAAACAAUUGGAGUCA